AUGGUGAAGGAAACCGUCCGGGUGUACGCGCGGGUGAAGCCGCUGGGCAGGCGGCAGCAGGCGGGGAUUUAUUCAGUUGACAAUGAUGAGAAAUCUCUGUCCAACCUGGAAAUUAUUGUGCCACGUGAUUUAGCAGAUGGGUUCGUCAAUAAUAAACGAGAGAGCUAUCACUUCAAAUUUCAGAAAAUUUUUGAUCAAGAGGCAAAACAAGAUGUGGUUUUUGACAACAUUGCCAAACCAGUAGCAGAAUGUGCUUUGGCAGGAUAUAAUGGUACUAUCUUUGCAUAUGGUCAGACAGGCAGUGGCAAAACUUUUACCAUCACAGGAGGAGCAGAACGUUACAGUGAUCGAGGCAUCAUUCCCAGGACUUUAUCUUAUAUUUUUGAUCAAUUGCAGAAGGACAGCAGUAAAGUGUAUACAACUCAUAUUUCCUACUUAGAAAUCUACAAUGAAUGUGGUUAUGAUCUGCUGGAAUCAAGACAUGAGGCCUCCAGAUUGGAAGAUUUGCCAAAAGUGACAAUAAUGGAAGACCCUGAUCAGAACAUUCAUCUGAAAAACUUGUCUCUUCAGCAAGCAACCAAUGAAGAGGAAGCCUUAAACCUACUCUUCUUGGGAGACACCAACAGAAUGAUUGCUGAGACACCAAUGAAUGAAGCCUCAACUCGAUCUCACUGCAUUUUCACCAUUCACAUCUCCAGCAAGGAACCUGGAUCUGCAACCAUCCGACGCUCCAAGUUACACUUAGUAGACCUUGCUGGAUCAGAGCGUGUUGCAAAGACUGGAGUUGGAGGUCACUUAUUGACAGAAGCCAAAUAUAUCAACCUGUCAUUACAUUAUUUGGAACAGGUAAUAAUUGCCCUUGCAGAGAAAAACCGGUCCCAUAUUCCUUACCGAAACUCUAUGAUGACCUCAGUGCUAAGAGACAGUCUGGGAGGAAACUGCAUGACUACCAUGAUAGCAACACUCUCUAUAGACAAAAGAAACAUAGAUGAAUCUAUAUCAACGUGCAGAUUUGCACAGCGAGUUGCUCUUAUUAAGAAUGAAGCAGUUCUUAAUGAAGAAAUUGACCCCAGAUUGAUGAUUAUGCAGCUGAAAAAGGAGAUCCAGGAGUUGAAGGAUGAGCUGGCACUGGUGACUGGCAAACAAAGAACAUCAGAGCUUUCACAAGAAGAGCUACUUCAGUUGGAUGAGUUAAUUGAAACAUUUCUCAAAGAUAAUGAUCCUGAUAGCACUCUGGAUGUUGGUGCUGAUAUGCGCAAGAUCAAGUAUUGCUUCAUCCAUUUGAAGCAAUUAAUGAAUCAUUCAAAGAUUUCUGAUAAAAAACUGCUUUCUCAACACAUCUCUGAAGAGAAAUACACUAACAAAGAAGCAGAACUGAAGAAACUGAAAGAACUUCUGAAGCAAAGAGACAAUGAAAUCAAUAUUCUGGUAAAUAUGCUAAAACAAGAAAAAAAAAAGGCACAGGAUGCUCUUUUCCAGCUUAAUGCUGCCUCUGCUGGUUCUAAAGUCUUGGAGCACUCUUUUUCUAUAAACUUGGAAGAAAGUCAGAGCCCAUCUAGCUGUUUUAGUCUGAAAGAGGCAAAAGAUUUCAGCUCUUCAGUUCGCAGACUACCUUUUCUUCCCAGAGAAACAGGAGGAAAGAUGUCACUUGGAUGUCAGGAAGCUUUUGAAGUUUUCAAGCAGGACCAUGCUGACAGUAUAACCAUUGAGGACAACAAGGAGCUUCUAAAACAGAGGUUUGCUGAAGCUAAAUGCCUUGGAGAAAAAUUAAAUGAAGUGAGAAAUAAAAUAAACCAUCUGAAAGGCAAGAUAACCCAGCGGCACAUUCAGAGGGCAGCUCUAGCUGUUUCCAGUCCUUCUGAAGAGCUAAAUCUUGAUCCAGUAGAAGAGAAACUUCGAACAGAAAUUGAAGAAGAAAAAAAAAGCUAUAAAACAAUGUUCAGUCGCUUGAAAGGGCUGAAGGUAGAGAUCGGGCACCUGCAGCUUCUAAUGGAAAAAGUCAAAGUGAAACUGCAAAGAGACUUUGACGUCUGGUGGUUUGAAGAGGCAAUGAAUCUAGAGCAGGAAAAGCCACAGAUGGUUAGCUCACCAAAUACCGCGACUGUUUAUCCCCAGUCUAUCAAAUCCUCACAACAUCUACCAACUAACAGUUUUUCAGAGACCACAAGAGUCAGCCCUAAUGAAGAUUCAGCUGGGAAAAAUAAUUCAAUCACUUCUAGUAACUCUACUUUAAAAACAAGGACCCCACCAAGUUCAAGUACAUCUAUUCCUCUGACUGGAGACAGCCAGGCUGAUGCUGACAUCCUCGCUUUCAUUAAAGCAAGACAGAACAUCCUGCAAAAGAAAGGCUUGGGGAACAAAUGAAAUUCUCGUUGCAGUCCACUAUUUCCAUUUAGAAACAGUUAAAGGCCUUUAUCCUUUCCCUUCCUCUUCUCUUUAGAAACAGGUAUGGAUAAGUAUUUUAAAUGUACAGGUAUAACUGGUAAAGGUAUAGAAAUUAUUUGUCUUUGACAGCAAAAUCCAUUUCAACAGGGAAAGAUACGUGAAUAUUUGCACUCAGUAUCUUCAGCUUGCGUUAAGAUUAAGCAAAACUAACAACCAAUCAGGAGUUUGCCAAAUAUGUUUGUUUAUUGAGAAUUUAUUGUAUGUUUUCUAAAUGUUAAAAUUAUCUAAUGUAUUAAUGCUCUUCUCCAUCUUUUAUCUGGGAAACACUUAUUACUGCUGAUGGUAGUUUUGCUUGCAUCAACUUGCAUAAGGCUUUAUUAAUUACAUCUAAUUGGUAUCCAGAGAUGUCUGUGCAAAAAUAAUAGUUAUCUGGGUUACAAAAUUCUAUAAAAUUUAAUUUGAGGCCUUUUGCUGAUUUUUAAUUUUUUUCU